AAGAAUUUCUUUUCGAUCCUUUUGUUCAUCCCGCGCCAUACUCCAAUACUCCACAACACGCUUCGAUGGCGGUGCUCCGACGGCUACUGACGGCGGCUCGGUCAUGGGGUCCGAUGAUCACCUCUCCUAAAACCCUAGCUCCCUCAAGAACUCCCGUCGGCGACGUUCCUCUUAGUCCUCAUCUAUGGCGCCGUGUUUCUUCCAUUGUGCCUGAAAUCCAGCAGCCAAAGUUGGUGGAUUCUUCUUCUGGAUCGUAUUCUGUACUUCCAGCUAUUUUAGUUAGUUUGUUCGGAGCUGGAGCGCUACAAAUAGCUUAUGCAGAUGGUGAUGAGCAGGUUGCUUCAAAGCCCUCCCUGCCACCUCCAGUAGAAACCCCUUCAGGAUAUGUGGAUCUGGAGGAAACUGCAAAGAAAGAGCGACAAAAGAUUGAAGAAUUAAUAAAAACGAAAGGAAUGCACAAUGGAUCUUACCCCCGGUUCACUGUUGCUGUCAAGGGCCAAAAGGUCACCAUCAAAUUCCAAGUUCCUCCCCCUUGUGAAGUUUCAGAACUGAUUGCAAACCUUGUUUCACAACUUGGAGUAAAGGUUGAUGAGCGUGGUGGUGGUUCAGAUAUGUUAUUGCGUGCGUGGGACAGUUCAGUUGCUUGGCAGCUAACACUUAGUCCUCUAGAGAAUCAAAAGCAACCAGAAGGUCAUCAGGGUCAUUCGGUAGAAAACGAGAGGGACAAAGGAGAGCUAUGCAUCCUAAUUUUUCGUUCACUUAUCAGCUCUGAUAAAGCUGAAAUUGAGUUUAUAAAGCGUGGUAGCUUUAGUCCCAGAGAGCUUGAUGCAUUUGUAUCUGUUUUACAACUAGCUGGUGGAAAGUUGGGACAGAAUAAGACCUUGGAAAGAAGAACAAGGGAAGGUACUUCAAGGAUGCCAUCUCCAGAAAAAUCCAUUGCUAGUCUGGAGGCAAUGGGUGUGAGAAUAUAUGGACUUAAUGCACCCCAGAUGAAUUUUUCACAUGACGAGAUAUCAUGGGACAAUAUUGCCGGAUAUGAUCAGCAAAAACGAGAAGUAGAAGAUACAAUUUUGUUGGCUCUACGAAGUCCUGAAAUAUAUGAUAAUAUUGCUCGUGGAACUCGUCGCAAGUUUGAGUCAAAUCGACCUAGAGCCAUUCUCUUUGAAGGACCACCAGGUACAGGGAAGACAUCCUCUGCUCGUGUUAUUGCUACUCAAGCGGGUGUCCCAUUGCUAUAUGUUCCACUGGAGGUUGUCAUGUCAAAGUAUUAUGGUGAAAGUGAACGUUUGUUGGGACAAGUGUUCUCUCUUGCCAAUGAGCUCCCAAAUGGUGCUAUAAUAUUCUUAGAUGAGGUUGAUUCUUUUGCUGCUGCUCGUGAUGCUGAAAUGCAUGAAGCUACACGUCGGAUUUUGUCUGUGUUAUUGCGGCAGAUUGAUGGAUUUGAACAGGAUAAGAAAGUUGUCGUCAUUGCUGCAACAAAUCGAAAACAAGACCUUGAUCCUGCCUUAAUUAGUCGGUUUGAUUCAAUGAUCACUUUUGGCCUUCCUGAUGAACAAAACCGUCAGGAAAUAGCAGCUCAAUAUGCAAAGCACCUUACCAAACCUGAAUUAAUUGAAUUUGCUCAAGCUACUGAAGACAUGUCUGGGAGGGACAUAAGGGAUGUGUGCCAACAAGCAGAGAGGUCAUGGGCAUCAAAGAUAAUUCGGGGACAAGUAAGUAAAGAUGGAGAACAAUGGAGUCUCCCACCACUGCAAGAAUACAUCUACAGUGCCAUGAAUCGGCGGAAAUCUCUUCUUGAUGCUGUGAGCCAGAAAAACCAAAAUCCUAACCCCAAGACCAAGAAGCAGCAGCUAGAUUUUUGCUGAUUAAGGUUGAUAGAGCUCUCGUCGAUCAAGUAUGACCACUCAUGUCCAAUCUUUUGGUAUUUUUUGUAAUUAAUGUUACAUUUAUAUAUAGAGUAGAGUUAUUUUAUUAAGGAAAUAUGAAAAAAAAAAAAAAAUCAGAGUUUGAUUUUAUUGUUUUAUCAGCAAUCACAGCAACAGCAUUAGAUGAAAGCAUGCCAACCGCUUACGGAGGGUGGGUAAUACUGAUUUAUCAAUGUGUGUUUCCUAUUGGGUUAAUGGCACUAUAGGUAGCUUAGCUUUUUAAAGCGUUCAAAUUAACACUUGAAUUUAUUUUUUGCCCGUUAUGGUCCUUGUGUUUAGUGUCUUAAUGUUGCAUUGAAGGAUUGAAGCAAGCCAGGGAGAUGCAGUU